AUGGAGAGGCUCGUAAAAUUUGCUAAAAUAAUUCGAACUAAUUGGAAAAAGUCACUGGUUGGCGCCUUCGCUGUUUACUACGGGGCCGCCACUGCUAAACAAAAAUACGACAUAAACAUUCUAAUGCGCGCAGCUUGCAAAGAAGCAGCCCAAUACGGUGACAAACUAAUUCCUAUGGAACGAAACCCAACCUUGGUCACUGUAAUACUGAAUCCUGUUGCUAACAAAAGAAAGGCAAAGCAAGAUUUCGAGAAAUAUUGCGAACCUCUGUUACAUUUGGCUGGGUUGCAAGUGGAUGUGAUACAAACGACGUCUGAGGGUAAUGCUAAGGAGAUUGUGGAGACUCUGCGAGGUACCGAAGCUAUUAUUGUUGCUGGUGGUGAUGGCACGUUGUCUGAGACUGUUACAGGUCUACUCAGAAGAAAUGAUGAAGCCAAUCGUUUCCCACUUGGCAUACUACCAUUGGGCAAGACAAACACAAUAGGAAACUCCUUGUUUCCAGGAGGCGAGGGUAUUGACAAAGUCAAGCAACUGAUAAAUGCCAGUAUGGCCAUCAUAAAAGGCAGUACCAUUUGGAAAGAUGCCAUGAAAAUUGAACCCAUUCCCGAAGAAGACGAAAUCCCAAAUAAACCUAUUUACGCUCUGUCUUCAUUGGAAUAUGGUGCUUUCAGAGACACACUUGCUAAAAAAGAUAAAUACUGGAUCUAUGGUCCUUGGAGGACUUACGCUGCAUUCGUUUUCAAUGGCUACAAACAGUCUUUAAAUUGGGAAUGCAGCGGCACAUUGAAAUACACACCACCAUGUAAUGGCUGCAGUAAUUGUGUGAAAAAAAAACCUGAACUACCGAAACGAUGGUCAUUUUUCGUUCCAAAUACAAAGCAUGCAUUAUCUACAGAGAUGGAUUAUGCUAAAAUUGUGAACCCAGAAUGUGCAGUGUCCCAGGAACUAUGUUUUAAAACAAGUGACUUUAGGAUUCAGUCAUCAAAUAUUAAUAAAAGCUCUCCUGUACCAGCAUUAUCAAUAUUAUUGGGGAAAAGUCAUUACUCAUAUGUACAAUUCAUCUCAGAUGGAUGGAGUAAGGUAAAAGGGCAAAACACAAGUAGUGAACCUAUUCAUGUAAGGUCAGUGGAAUUCUUACCAAAAAAGUCAGACAAGGAAGUUCUAAUCGAAAUAGACAAAGAAGAAUUUGAAGUGAAACCAGUUAAAAUUACUUUAUUACCUAAAGUUGUGCGAUUAUUCUGUCAAUCAGAAAUAAAUAAUAAUAAUUAA